CUUUCUAGCCUUCUUUUUAAUAUUCCCUGUCUCUUUCUCCCUUCCUUUCCUCCCUGCCCCCUUUCCAGCAUCUCUCUCUCUCUCGCUCGCUCUCUCUCUCUCUCUUUCAUUCUGUCUUCCUUUUUCAGCUCCCUGUUCUCCUUCCCCUUUUCCAGACUCCCUGCCCUCUUCCUCUCUCAUCCCUCUGUUCCAGACUCCUUUCUUCCCCUCAUCCCCCCCCUUUCCCACUGCUCCCUUUCUCAUCCCCCCUUCCAACCCUUACUGCCUUCUUUCUCUUUAUCCAUGCUUCUCCAGCCUCCUCCCCCAUCCUCCUUUUCCCAAUGCCCUCCAUCCUCCCGCUCAUCUUUCCUUUCCAAUCUCCUCCUCUUCCCUUUUCCCCUUUCUCAUCCCCCUUUUCUCCAGCCCCCUCUGUCCCCCCUCCUGCCCAGUCCCAUACUUCCCUAACUUGGGUCUCUUUCUAAGCGCCCAAGUCCCUCUUCUGAAGGAAUCGGCCAGGCCUCGGAUGGAGCUGUUGUCGUGACAACCUAAAGGAGCAUCAGGCUUUGAUCAGGGCUUGCUUGUGCUGAAGGGGGCAGUUGUGUGGAGAGGCGGGGGAUGAGGGGGUGUGCUGGGGUGGGAGGGGGGAAGCGGCGGGUGAGGAGAUGCUGCUGCUCAGGGCUCCCCUCCCCCCCGUCCCCCCCGUGCUCCUACUGUAGUGCUGAGCUUCUGUUUCACGAGGAAAGCUCCCUCCCUCCUUCCCCUCCUUGCCUCACUCCGCCUGGGAAAGUGGGUUAGGGGGGAGCUCAGUGCUCAGAGACUGCACAGCCACUCACAGGAGCAUUCACACGCGGAGGGGAAGCACACAGGACUCUUCUUUUUCAUUUUCGAUUUUUAACCAUCGCUCCAGACAGGUUUAAUUAUUUUUUUUACAUCUGCUUUUUUUCCCUCUUGCUUUGUUUUGAUCUCUUUCCCAAGCACCCCAUCCCCUACUUUUUUGUUGGAGGUUUUUGCUCAGACUUUUUGGAAAAAAAUUUUUUUAGCUAAGCCAGCACAAGACCGAAAAGACCGAGAGAAAGUGGCAGCUAAGAGACUGCAAAAUCACCUCUUCCUGGGGUUCUCCGGCAGAGACAGAGUUGUACAUUAUUUUUACUGUGUGUUCACAUACAGCUCUCUAGCUCUCUAUCUAGCCAUAUACACGUGCAGAGAGAGACAAGUACAUACACUGAAACUCAACCAGCCCAGCCAUGGGAAGAAGGGCUCAGCCUGAUCGGAAACAAUUACCGUUGGUCCUACUGAGAUUGCUUUGCCUUCUCCCUACAGGGCUGCCAGUCCGCAGCUUGGAUUUUACCCGAGGCACCGAUAACAUCACCGUGAGGCAGGGGGAUACAGCCAUCCUCAGGUGUUAUGUAGAAGACAGAAGCUCCAAAGUGGCCUGGUUAAACCGUUCUGGCAUCAUUUUUGCUGGACAGGACAAGUGGUCCCUGGACCCUCGGGUAGAACUGGAGAAACGAACCCCUCUGGAAUACAGCCUCCGGAUCCAGAAAGUGGACGUCUAUGAUGAGGGGUCCUAUACAUGCUCAGUGCAGACUCAGCAUCACCCCAGGACUUCCCAGGUUUAUUUGAUUGUGCAAGUUCCACCAAAGAUCUCCAAUAUCUCCUCGGAUGUUACUGUGAAUGAGGGCAGCAACGUGACCCUGGUGUGCAUGGCAAAUGGACGCCCCGAGCCUGUCAUCACCUGGAGACACCUCACCCCGACAGGCAGAGAAUUUGAAGGUGAGGAAGAGUACCUGGAGAUCCUAGGGAUCACACGGGAGCAAUCUGGCAAGUACGAGUGCAAAGCCGCCAAUGAAGUUUCCUCGGCAGAUGUCAAGCAAGUCCGGGUCACUGUGAACUACCCUCCCACUAUCACCGAAUCUAAGAGCAAUGAAGCUGCCAUGGGACGGCAAGCCUUACUCAAGUGUGAGGCAUCAGCAGUGCCCACACCUGAUUUUGAAUGGUACAGAGAUGACACCAGGAUAAACAGUGCCAAUGGCCUGGAGAUCAAGAGCAUGGGGAGCCAGUCCCUCCUGAUGGUGGCCAAUGUCACUGAAGAACACUAUGGCAACUACACCUGUGUGGCUGCCAACAAGCUGGGAGUCACAAAUGCCAGCCUAUACCUUUACAGACCUGGCACAGGGAGAGUAGACAACGGUUCAAUGAGUUUGGCCGUACCACUGUGGCUGCUGGCAGUGUCCCUGCUCUGCCUACUUAGCAAAUGUUAAUAAAAUCAGAAUAAAAUCAAAUUUAAAAAACCCAACAACAACAGCAACAAUAACAACACACAAAACAAAGCGCGUCAUACAGGAGACAGAGCGAAAAAAAAGAGGGGGAGAGAGAAAGGACUGGUUCUUUCACAACUUUUAUGUGUUCAGGAGCAAAGGGGGGGCGGGAAUUACAGCGAAGACGAAUCAGCAACAUUUAUUCCGAAUUAUGACAAGACGUCUGUCAAGCCAUCGACCACCCGGGAGGUGAUGCGGAGCGCAGGAGAGAAUGGGGUGCUGGGCGGGGACCGCGUUGUGCCAAAGACGCCGAGAUGUAAAAAAAACACCGAACCAACCUGAUUUCUUGUUUUUCCCCUUCUUUCCUUAGUCCUCUUUCUUUCGUCUUCUGAAAGAGAAGGUCUUUGCUGUGAUGUUUAUAGCCACUUAACCCCUUGAUUCCCUUGGCCAUUUGGUGAGCUGACUCUCCACCAGUUCAGACUUUUGGAAAGCAGUAAUCCAGAUCCCUUUUGCAUACUGGUGUCUCACGAAGAAACCCCACGCCUCCUCCCCCAUCCCUUGCACCCUCGUUGGCCCCCUCCCUUACAUCCCUUCUCCUCCAAUACCUCCCUCUCUGCCCUGAGCUCAAGCUAUGAUGACUAUACUACAAACACACAGUUUUUAUUCUCCUCUUCUCCCCCUGUAUUUGACCGGGUGUCUCUGUCUCCCGUGUGUGUGUGUGUCUGUGUCUCUCUCUCUAAAGCAUGCGAAGAGAAUGGUCCAUAUGUACAUAAGCUCAUCAUGCUGUAGAUAAAGUUCUGCAUCGUAAGUGUGACACAUGGUGCUGAGAGAUCACUUGGGCAGAUGUGGGGGGCGGGGAGCGCGUCAGUUGUGGCAUUGGUUCAGAUGGGCCCCCGUCCCCCAGCUGGCUUUUGCCUUGACAUCCUCCUUGCCGUAUUGCUUGGAAGUGUCAAUCUCCAUACUUUUUUAACCCUUCUCUGAUCAACCCCACCCGGCUGGCACUCAGCUGUAGUGCAUCAGAAUAGUGGCUCCUGCUUCAUGUCUGUGCUUGUGUGUAUGUCCAAACAGGUAGAAAAUCAAUGUGACUGAUCUGUAGGACCAUAGAUGGCAGCACUUCAAGAGCACUGCUCCAGUACCCACUCCUGGGGGUUUGGGAAGAGAGGUAAUCAGUGAGAUAACUUGGGCUUCACUGAUCUUCUGCACCUGUAGGUAUGGCAGGGCCAUUAAAUAUCUGUUAACAGAAAAGCCUCCAAGUAAUAUCCAUAACCAUUCAGUAUUGCUAUAGAAAUGAACCUUUUGUCCCUCUGACCUCCUUGUUACAAUCAAAGCAAACCUGUAAAUGUUUCUCUUGGCCACCAUGAAAGUACCUAGAUGGAGCUUCUUUAAUUUUAUCUUUAAAGAAAACUCAAAUUGGUUCAGAAAGUGGCCAGAACCUGGGACUGUAAAAAAGCUGGGGCCAAAAUUCUUGGCAUACAAGAAAGAAGCUUUGGGUAGUGCAUUGAAGAGAGUUACAAGAGGGUACACAGUGUGGGGGGAGUAUUUUAUUGUCCUAUAUGUAACACGUCAAGGUUGCUAUGGUUGCUUCUAGACAUCCUUGCCCUCUGGAUGGUCAGAGGAGGAGGUAGUUGAUGAAAGAAACUCUAGUGAGAAGUGCUGGAAAAGAGGUGGUGGGUCUCAGAGUAGGUCACUUGAAACAGAGUUAUUGAAAUGCUACCUAUCUGCUGGAAUCUGCCAUUUCAACAAUAGGUCUUGCAGGAUGUGAUGUAAGCAAUGGGACACGUGCAAAUCUGAAGAGCCUCACAUAUCCCAUUGGCUGUACUGAUCAUCUCUGAAAGGGGACAGCUGGGUUAAUGCACCAGCGUUUUGUAUCUGGCAACCUGUAUUUAAAUAUGCCUACAGUCACAAGUGCCAUGAUCUGGGUAUCCACAGCAGAGAAUGUGUUGGGACUGCCAGUCCCUUCUCUUUCUCAGCAGAGCCUCUGGAACUGGUUUAGCAGUGGUGCUGUGGGUCAGGAUUUAGGAGCUGCGCAGUGGCCUUUACUGUGUCCUACUCCAAUUUCUUAAGUAGUAAAAAUUUGCUUCUUUCCACCCAACCCCCCACAAAUAAAUACAAUUCAGGUCUGCCUGGAAUUUGCUGUAAAAACUUAGGGGAGGUAGGAUGGAAAUCUCUCUGGCUUGAGCAGGCUUAAGAAAGGGGAGACUGACCACCAGAAAGCAAUGAGUUCAUUCUGUUUUGUGUUUCAAUCCUUCCCUUUACUCAGCUGAGACGAAAUCUGCAAGAGGCUCCCUAUUAUUCAGUGCCGGCUCAAAACGGCAGCGCUCACCUUGAUCAAGCAGCUCAACAGCAGGGCUUCUUUUCUGCUGAGCGAGGCAGUUUUGGGGCAGAGACAGACAAUCAAUUAAAGACGCAGCCUGGCGUCUCGCAGCCAAUAAGACUUGCAGAUAAAUAUUAGUCUUUGAGUGUCUUUUAGGGGACGAGAGCAGAGAAACGGGCCUGCAGGAUAUCACCAGUCAAGGGAAGGGGGUUUUCCCCAUCACUCAAGGUAUGUGCUCAGCUCAAGGUGGGCUCUGCUGUGUUUUGGGAUAUUGGAGAAUAAUCCCCACAAAAAUCCCACCCCAGAAUAUGUGUGUGUGCGCCCUGAUUACACAUACAACACCAUCACUGCUUGGGAGGGUUUGAAAUCAUUCAGUUUUCCAGAGUGAGGGCUCAGGUUUUGUCCUCUGGCGCAAGGGCUAGGCGUUGUAACCUCUCUCGGUGGGACUGAAUCCAGUGGGGCCAGACAAUGAGGCACAGACCUUCAGAGGUAUGUGGGCGCCUGGCUCCCAUUGAACUCACUGGACAUUAGGCACCUAAAUACCGUUGAGAAUCUGGGCCUUAUCCUGUAGGUGACCUACUGACCAUGAGCCCUGCAGAGUCUCUUAGGACAUGAGCCCUCUAGCCCCUGCUCCUGAUUCUUUCUGAGUCUGAUGGGUUUUGCUGUAGGGAGGGGAGUGAUUGUACAAGUCCAGUAGCAGAUAUUGCACUUGGGGGAUGGACUAUGCACCAUCUCCCACAUAUUGGCUCAUUGGUUUGUUAUUGUAGGGUUGCUCAGAGGUGGUGGGCUGCCUACCCUGAUUUGUUACUGCAGGGAGAAUGUCAAGGGUUGUUUAUGAGGACUGGGCUGAACACAUUGUUUCAUCAGUGUAGGAUUGCUCAGGAGUGCUGAGCUGUACACACUGGUUUGUUAUUGUAGGGUCACUGAUGAGUUCGGAGCAGCACAUAUUGCUGUGUUAUUGUACGGUUGUUCAUGAGCAUUAGGCAGCACACAGUGGUUUGUUAUUGUACGGUUCCUCACAAGUAUUGAGAUACUGGCAGUGAAUUGUUUUAAAUGUUUUUAGAAAAAAAAGCACUGAAGCUUUUGUUUUGGGGAAAAAAAACCACACACUCAACAACAACAACAAAAAUCCCAGACUUUUGGAACAGAAAAAGACAAAGAUGAUUGGGAGGAAUCAUUCUGUCUAGUGGUUAGAGCUGAGGUCUGCCAGUUAGGACUCCUGGAUUCGAUUCCUGACUGUGCCCUUGACUCUUUGAGUGAGUAUGUGCCUCAGUUUCUCCUCUGUAAAAUGGGGCAGGGGCGCUGGCUCUGGGGAGCUCACAGAUAUUGCAGUCCCAGCUUUUCUCAGCAGGACACAGUGUAGGAACUCUGGGGGUAAUGAGAUUCACUCUCCAAUACAGCUGCUGAAAGGCAUGAUCAGUAGCAUUGGAGCAAUUUGUAUAGUGGGUGUGUGGAGAGCCAUUGAACCAAACUGUGAACCCUGGAUAUGAUGGAAGCCACUUCAACCCCGGGGAUGCCAGUGUACCUCCAGCACCCCUGGGCAUAAUGCAAGUGCAUAGUAUUACAGUUAUUUUGUUCGCUUCUGGCAUCUCCACUCUUGACAGUGUCUGUCCCUUUAACUUGACAGCUGGGGUGGGGGAAUAUUUAUUUAAUUUUUUAAUGGACCCAAUCCCGCGAGUUACUGAGCAUCUCCUGAGAGGUCCUGAGCACCCACCAUUUCCAUUGACGUCAAUGAGGGUUGCACAGUUCCUCCCAAGAUCAGGACCAUAGUGAAGAAGGGAAAAGGCAUGUUCCUUGAUCAUUUCUUCACCCCUGUGGAUAAUUACAUUGAAAAGACAUAUCCUCCAGUGCAGAGCCUUUCUCCUGAGGCCACCCACAAUGGUUCUGUUUCUCUGGGCCCCGCUCCCACUCCUCAAAAUCCACUCACUUGUUUGCUGCCCUACCCCUGAGUGGGAUUUGGAAUGGGACACCAGUUCCUUGAGAGUAUAGCUGUAUUUGUGUUUGAUUGAUGGAGGUUUAACAUUUAGUGUUAUUAAAAAAAAGAUUGUAUUUCUUCUACAACUUUGUAAAUAUACGAGAGUGACAUGAGAUGUCCAAUAAUGUCCAAGCAGAGGAACAAACACUUAGAUUUAAUAUAUGGCCCCUUACUUGCUCACAGAUUUCUAAUUCUUUUCAGGUUACCAGUGGGAAGGGGCAGGGAGCAACUUUCUGAAAGGAAAUGAACAGUGUGAACGCAGCCCUCUGGGACCACCUGAAUGCCAUACAUGAUUGCAGCGUGUUGUUUGUAUGUGUCUGGCUGGGUGAAAAAUGAAGCAAUGCAUGGCUGUGAAAUGCUGGGAAGGUGAAUGUGAAAAUCUCCAGUUAACGCAUGUAUCUCAGCAUUAUGAUCCUUUUCCAGACCACAACUUGCAGACACAUACAGUAGCAAUGCAGACCCCUGCUUUCUCCACCAGCAAAGUUGUGUGGACCAGGGUUACCAUCAGGGUCAUGUUAACGGUGACAUUAACAAGGUUUUUUGUUUUUUUGUGUAAACUGAUUUACAGCCUGAGUUUACACCCCUUUAAAUCACAUUUACUGUUCAGGAAUCAUGGGCAAAUCUCCAAUUUUCUCCCAUGCCAGACCAAGAAUCAAUCACAGAAUGUUCAUAAGUCCACCCACCUACCCACCCCUAUUUCAAUGCUCAGAUUGGACUUCAGAUAUAGAUGCAUGCAUUCCAUGCACUAGGUACCUUUCUGAGGAUCCAAUUAAGGUGCCCUUGUUUCAAAACUGAACCCAUGGCAUUAACUUAGUAAACUUCAUUUUCCACACAUUUUCCAGGCCAUUUUCCAGCAAAUCUGGAAGGAAAUUUGGGGCAAUGUCCAAGGAUUCAUGGGCAUUUGGGGGAGUGAAGCUGGGGAGAAUUUAACCUCUCUCUCAGCCCUUUCACAAGAAGACAUUUCGGUCAGGCCUUCACAUAUUGCUUAUUUCCUUCACAUCAUCUUAUGAAGGAAUCCAGGUGUGUAGUGAGGAAGUGUUUCCUCUCCCAAUAGUACAAUCCAUGUCCUCUGAUCCAACCCCACUGAUCCAUGGCCAAAAUCUCAUGGUGCUUGACAUCACACGGCAAACCACACUAAAUGGUGCCAUGGAAUACAGUCUUGGGGAGGUGCAGCAGAGCUGGAAGUUCUAAGUCUACCUCCUGAGGGUGGCAAAAGAUUAUUUCAUUUUUGACAAGUGCACAGAAAAGACUAUGAAAAGAGGCCCCUCCCGUGAGGAGCAGAGUGGUGGGGGCAGGAAGAAAGAAUUAAACUAGGAGAUGGUCUCCCAGGCUGUGUCGUUAAUAAAAAAGUUAGGGCCAUGUGCUGUUUGCAAUCCAUGCACAGAAUUCCCAGCCACAUCAAUGAGGAAGACCAUUGGCUCUCAGCAUCAUUUUAAAGGGGUAUAUUUCCAAUGUGGUGCCUCGGAGAGUUAGCUACAUGACUCCUCUGGCCAUUAAGGGGUGUGUCCAACUGUUGAACCAUCCCACUGUUCCCCUCUAUUUAAUAUGCUGGGGAAAGUUCCCUUCCCACCUACAUCUUACAGUAUGACACCUCAGCAUGGUUUCUAUGGGGGUUGUUUUCCCCAAAGGCCUAAUCUCAGGUGUUCACUUGUUUUCCUAUCUCACUAGCUUAGCAGGGAGGAAAUCAGCUUGGUAAGGAUGCCAGCAAAAUCCCCUAUCCAGGCAUGGCUUGGGGAGGCACCUGUAUGGCAAGCCAGCCACCCUGAAAAGAGCAAGGAAAAGAUGACAUCCCCUCUAAAUUAGCCCAGAAAAUGGAAGGUAAAGGGCCCUUACCUCAUUGCAGGUUCAGCCUAGCUAGUGCCACCAAAAGGUCCUGCAAACCUUUAAGGAGUACACGAGACAGUAGAGGAAGGGAGGGUGCUCAACAGUCAGGACAGGAUUACAGAGCUGGUGGUAGGGGUGACUUCAUGGCAAGGCUGUUUGGGGAGCACAUUAGGGGGCAAAGAUCCUAUUCAACAAAGGAAUUCUCCAGGCGGGACAGGGAACUACCUCUCCCCAAUUUGUGUAUAUCUUCAGCUGACUUCCUGAGCCCCGUGGGGAAAGUGCGUUGUGAUACCCUAAUUGGGGCCCCAUCCAUCAACAUCUCAGCAUAUCUGUGAGAACAGAGGGAUUGAACUGAGCCCUGCUAUCUGUCCUCAGUCAAACCCUUUACUUACCUCUAAGAAUGUCUAGCACCUCUUAUGGAAUGUGAGUAUGUGUGUGUGUCUACAUAUAGUACUCGCAGGCCGCAAGGAGCAAGACCACCUAGGAAACUAUCCACAAGGAGAGAACUUCCCAGCUGAGGAGUGUCUUCCAGCUCUGAAGUUAUUUCAUUUGCUCUCUCUUUCAGUCACACAGAUAAUCAUCCCUCCCGAUACCCCUACAACACACAAAUGCCACCUUCCUCCAAAAAUCCCUCACACAGCCACCACACCACUCUCCUUGUCCAGAUCCCCCGGUGACACAUGCAACACGACACACACGUCUCAAUUUGCUUUUAGCAAUUUGUCUAUAGAAAGCCAUCAGCUGCAUGGUUUGUGGUGACUUUCUACAAACAAGGAAAGGGUGCAGGGGGAGGGGAGAGUAAAAAUUGGCUCCACCAGCUGCCCCCAAACCUUUCAAUUUCCUCAACUGGAGCUAAGUUUCAUCCUCCAAGCCUUAGGGAGGAGGUCCAGUGUCCCUUCUUCUUGCUACACAGUGGGGUGGUUAGAACUCUUCUCAUUAACAGUGUUAUAUACAUAUAAAUAUAUAUAUAUAUAUCUCUAUAUCUUUAUAUAUAUUUUUCCCCAGCACCGUAGACAUGAGCUGAACAUCUCUUUAAUGAAACAAGAACACGGCUAUUUUAUUUUUUGCCAUUGGUUUGUUUUCAGAUACUAGCUCUGUGGAAGAAAAUUUUAAAUGCGCAAGUGUGUGUGUGUUAAAAAAAAAAGAAGAAG